CACAGUCAGUCAGUCAGUCAGUCAGUCAGUAUCAGUAGCCUAUGUAGAACCACGUAGCACCAGCUUUGGAUUUUAACCACCACCACCACCACCACCAGCCGAACCGGCAAUGGACCUCUUUGAAUUCGACUUUUUCAGAGACUGGGAGCUUGAACAACCAUGUCAUCUGGAGUCAGACCGCAGCGCCCUGAAGAGGAGGGAGUGGGAGAGGAGGAACCAGGAGGUCCAACAGGAUGAAGACCUGUUCUCCACCGGAUUCAACCUGUUCGGAGAACCUUAUAAAACCAAUAAAGGUGAUGCGCUGGCCAAUCGCGUCCAGAACACGCUGGGCUCCUACGAAGAAAUGAAAGACCUUUUAACUAGCCAUUCCAACCAGAGCCACUUGGUGGGAAUCCCCAAAGGCAGCAACAACCCACAGACCCCGACCACUUCAACGACGGAGAGGCCCACCACGGAGCCCCAGCUCUUCAACGAAGCCCUGAGAGGAGGAACAGCCGGAGGGGGAGAUGGAGGUGGGGACAAGAGGAUGGGAAAUGCUUCCACCUCUUCGUCAACGUCCAUGCAACCCCCUGCUUCGACCACGUCGUCAAUAAGCUCCACAACAGUCCCACAUCAGAGUUCCAAAAAGUCCCACUCCAUGGACUGGUCGAGGACAGGACAUGGACAGAGCACCCAGGGAGCAGGUCUUGUUUUGGGGCAGGUCACCACAUCAACCAGUGGAAGAGGGAAAAUGUCUUUAUUAGAGGAACAGCAACUGCAGAGACAUGAAGAGCUGUUCAGCUCACUAAAAGAUGAACUCGGUCUAAAAGAGGACUCAAGCCCUUCUUCUUCCUCCUCGUCCUCCUCUUCCUCCUCUUCUAGGAGAAGACACUCUUCACACCCCUCCAAAACCCUUCCUCUCCCAGAUGGGGGCAAUUUUCGGUCCUCCACCGUGGACGGUGGCCAUUUAAAGUCUUCCACUAACACGGAAAAUGGUGGACAUUUAAAACCCUCCCCGUUUGAAAAUGAGACGGGUUCUCACCUGUCUACGUACUCCUCGCCGCUGGCUUCCACAUCAGUUCUGACCACGCCCACUCCCGGUCUAACCACGCCCACAUCCGGACUGACCACCCCCACCUUUCCACCUGGCAGCCUAUCAGGGAAGCCCAUCGCAAUCCAACAGAAGCCCACAGCAUAUGUUCGACCAAUGGAUGGCCAGGACCAGGCGCCCAGUGACUCCCCCCAGCUCAAACCCCCUCUAGUGGCCACGGAGGGAUUCAACAACAGUCAGACUUAUGGAGGAAACUCUGGGAACGCCAAAAAUAAACUGCCGAAGCUGAGUCUCAGCCACACAGGGGAGGUCAGCCUACCAAAUGACUCCAGCUGUGUUGAAGAGAUUUUGCGGGAGAUGACACACUCCUGGCCUCCUCCCCUCACUGCCAUACACACCCCCGGGAAGGCUGAGCAGACCAAGUUCCCCAUCCCAAACAAGGAGCCGCAUGUGACCUCGGGCUACAACACCCAGAAGCGAUGUACUGUAUCAGCUAACAAGCCUGCUGCGAAAACACCAACUGCACCACAGAAGUCAAUGCUGGAGGAUGACCUGAAGAUCAGCAGCGACGAGGAAGAGGCCGAACAGCAGGUGUCUGACAAGCCCAAAGCCCGAGGCACAGCCCAAAGUGCGGCAUCAGGGAGCAGCAGCGAAUCAGAGAGCAGCUCGGAGUCGGACACAGACGAAUCAGAAAGCAGCUCCAGUGACAGCGAGUACAAUCAGGCCUCGCGCACACACACUCCAGAGCCUGAGCCCUCCGCCAACAAGUGGCAGCUGGACAGCUGGUUGAAUAAGGUCCAAGCUCAAACCAAACCCCUGCUUCCCCUUCAGCAAGAACAUGCCACAGGCUCCAUCCCCCAGCGUGCGGGGACUUUCUCUCCAGGGAGUGAAGCACCAGGAGUGGGUACAGCUGCCAAGACUAAGCCCUGUGGAUCCACCAUCACCCCCGUUCCUGCGGGACCGACGCUCGAACACAAGGAACCCAGAGGAGCCUUAUGCCCGGGCAGAGAGAAAGCCAAGGCCAAGCUGACCCAGAAGGCGUCCGGGGAGGGUCAGAGGACAAAGAUGAGGAUGUCACCGGGCCUGUUGUCAGGGCCCGAGGUCACGACCCCGAGAAGGAACACCACAGGGAAGAAACAGCCCAGACGGACAGAGAGGUCAAACAGUGUGGAGGAUAAUCCGAGCCAGACAUGGAGCAGAACAAACCAGCAAAGCCCUGCAGCGAGGGAGAAGGACCUGUUGCCUCCUCCCUCCCUGGAGCUUCAAAACCCCCUGAGGCCACGCAGCAAACCCCCCAGUGGGAAAACAGCCCCCAGGAAAGAACCUCGCAGUGCUACAAACACAAACAACAACACAGCCACUCCACCAGCCACACUCCAGCAAACCCCCGCGCCAAUACCUGCUGUUAGUGUAAACCAGCAGGACAAGAAGAAACACAGAGGCCCGAGCAACAAAAUCACGCCAAAGUCCCGAGAGUUCAUCGAAACAGAUUCCUCGUCCUCAGAAUGCCACUCAGAUUCGGAGGAGGCGAUCAAAGUCCCGGCUCUGCCUCCUCAGACUGCACGCUCUGCCAUCAACACACACACUCUGUCCAAUGCGCACACACACACCCCUCUCCUCCCGUGCCUCGCCUCUGCCGGCAGUACGGGAACAUUGGGAGGGAAGGGGCUCCGGGUUAAAGAAGGUAGCAGCGUGGCGGCUAACGGUAGCAGCAGCAUUAACGGUAGCAUCAGUGCUUGUGGUAACACCGUGAGCGUUAGCAACAUAAGCAGUUCAUUUGGCCCCUCUGUUCCUGAUCCUGGAGGGUCAGAGGUCCCAUGCAAAGAGUCCUUGUCUCCCCCGUCCAACAUCGGACAUGAGGCGCCCCUGUCUCCGCUUAGGGAAUACCAAGAAGUCCAGAGUUUAUGGGUGAAAAUUGACCUGAGCUUUCUCACCAGGGUGCCUGGCCAGGUUCCGGGGGACAGAGCCAAAAUAGAAAGGGACGGAAGUGAGAGACAGGGGGAGAGGACGGAAAGACAGAAGCAGGCUGAGAGAGAGUGGCCAGGGCAGAGAGAGAGGCCGAAGCUACUCAAAGCAGAGAAACAGGAAGAGGAGAAUGAACGAUUAGCGCAGGACAGAGAGAGGCAGAUGGACCGAGAGGGGAGAGGGGAGAGGGAAAAGAGGGACAAGGAGAAGGUGUGCCAAGGUCUGGGGGUCCUGGAUACCCCCCCUGUGCAGGAACAGAGUAAUCCCAGGCUGGCAGUCAGGACGGAGAGAGCAGAGAGCGGAGGCAAACACAGGAGGCCGGCAGCGGGAAACACGGUGGUCCCCGCAGAGAAACACACCAGCAAGAGCAAGAGGAAACACAAGACAGAGCACAGCGAGGCAUCAGUCAACGGCAAUAAGAAGCUGCGAUUGGACAAAGACUGUCUGCUCCUCCCACCCUGCAUCUCUCCGAUACACAACCACAAGAACAGAACCACAGACAGCUCGUUAAACAGGAAGCAGUCUCGGCGGCGCGAUGACAAGCUGCUCCCCCCCCUCCUGUCCCCGCUUUCUGACGGACCCCCUCGCAAACGGAUGUGUGACAGCAGCUCCUCUCUCAGCCAGGAGGGCGGCGCCGCUGCGAUGCUGCCCUGCUCCACCUCUUCUUCCUCCUCCUCCUCUUCCUCGCACAGACACAGGAGAGGGGAAGGAAAGACGUCAUCAAAUGCCAGGAACGGCAGCGAAGUUGAUACACACAAUGAAAAGCCCAGUGGAGACGGUUACCAUACCAACGGACCGCCAGACUCGGAGGUGUGGUCGGAACCUCGCAGACCCAAACUGUCAUUCAGCGACACAGUCCACAGUGCUGACUACUACAUGCAGGAGGCCAAGAGACUGAAGCACAAGGCUGAUGCUCUGAUGGACAAGUUUGGUAAAGCGGUGAACUACGCAGACGGCGCGCUCUCCUUCAUCGAUUGUGGGAACGCGAUGGAGCGAGACCCACUCGAGGCCAAAUCCCCGUACACCAUGUACUCUGAGACCGUGGAGCUAAUCAGGUACGCCAUGAGGCUGAAGAACUUCGCCAGUCAUUCAGCCACCGUCGCCGAGAAAAAACUGGCUGUGUUGUGUAACCGCUGUCUGUCUCUGCUGUAUCUGAGGAUGUUCCAUCUGAAGAAAGACCACGCUGUCAAGUACUCACGGUCGCUCAUGGAGUACUUCAAGAAUUCAGCCAAGAGUUCUCACCAAGCACCCUCUCCCUGGAGGACUAAUGGCAAGGUGAAUGGGACUCCAUCUCCCCUCUCUCUCAGCCCCUCCCCAGCCAGCAGCAUAGGUGGAGGAGCAGGAGGAGGAUCUGGAGGGGCACCGGGCUCCUCAGGAAGCGUGGCUAUUCCCCAACGGAUCCACCACAUGGCUGCCAGUCACGUUAACAUCACCAACAACAUCCUGCGGAGCUACGAACACUGGGAGACGGCGGACCGGCUGGCCUCUGACAGUCAAGAGUUCUUCCAGGAGCUGGACUCGGCGAGGGAGCCACUGAGUCAGCAGAGCAGCAUGACGGAGCUGGUCCGAUACAUCAGGCAGGGGCUCCACUGGCUCCGCUUAGAGGCUCACCUGCUGUAAGGACUGGACCCCAGCCAACAUGUAAAAAAGAAAAAAAGAGCGCAGCGGGCCUCGGAGCUAGAACUGGGAUAACAAGUGAGAACAGAGUCAUGACGAUGCUUCAGUUCCCACCGGGAUCCCUCAAAUGACCCGGCACCACCCACAGUAAUGUACCAGCAUACACUGGGUGGAUUAAUUGGGCUGAAAUUCACCUGCAAUUAGAGAGUGAACAGUAAUUAAGUUUGGGAAUUUAGACUGUGAAUCACAGAACACAAAUUAGCACAUUAAACAUUUGGCUGAUUCUGCUUUUUAGAGCGUGUAUCAGUGCAGGAAGCUUCAACUCCUAAAGGGACAAUACAGGUCCCUGACUAGAAAUAAAAAGCAGAGAGGCAAGGUAUUAAAAAAAAAGUAUUUUUAAGACGGAAUCAUUUUCUAAAAGAUGUGUGCGAGGCUGAUUCUGGAGGCUGGAGGAGAGGAAGGAGCUCAGCAGAGGCUCACCUGCUCCAUCAGCUGCCCAGAGACGCGUCAGUUGUUAGUACUAGAAUUAAAAGCCUCGGGCUGAUAUCGAUCCAAGUGGAGUACCGGUCCAAUCCAUCAGAUAAGGACCGCGCUGGUGAAGGGAAAGAGGCCCAGCUAAAUCUACUGGAGAGGAAUUGAUGGAGGCUGAAGUAUUCCUCUGCUUCCUCUUCCGUUAGAGGUUAGAAGCUUCUGCUGAAACCCUCAGUAUCUGGUCACACAGAUACAUUCUGAAGUAUCUGGUCACAUUUUUACACUUCUGAAGUUGUAAUACUUAAGAAUUUCAUCCCAUCAAACUACAAUUUAGGUGGUAUGUAUGGCUGGAAUCAAUGAAUGUAGUUUAUCUUGCGUUUUCAAUGGUGGGCUCUAUUCCUGCGUGAAUUCCAAUGGUGUAGACAAGCUUACACAGUUUGCGAAAGACCAAAAAAGAGCCACUUUUGAAUGGCAUUUUAAAGAGAAAGCAUAUUUUCAUAGCUACAGAUAUUUAGCGACAGUAAUAGAUGAGCUAAAUACAGAACACUCUGAUUGCUUUUCUUAUUCUGAUUCUGAUAAUAUCCCCUGAGAAACGGCACUUAACUCAGUAAACACUGUAAAAUGUUGAUUUGUUCAAUCAUUACAGUAAUGUUCUUAAUUCCUCGUAUGGUUUAACAUUGUGUUGAAAGUUGGAAACAUAAGCACCGUCACUGAAAUGAUCGGUUGUUUCAGUGAACAGCCGCCAACUAAAAUGUAGAAUUUCCUUUUGUAAAGGGUGGUCCAGUGUAUCCUUAGCUAAAGGACAUUAUUAGGGAAACAUGGAAGCUCCUUUCCUAUCAUGUACAGAUUUCAAACAUCUCUUAUCAUGGCUGCCAAUUAGAUACUUCUGGGUCAUUUCUCUCCGGUAGGAACCUUCUGAAACAAAAACAAUUCUUCGACAGGAACCACUCGGUCCAGCUGCCAUAAAGCGACUCACAUGACAUCAGGGGUUUGUUUCAGUAGAAGCUCUCAGAUGCCCAAAACAAUCACGAUACCUGACUUGAAGCUACAUGUAACUACACUGAGGGUUGUUCAACAGCUCGGCAGAAUAGAAUUUACUCAUCCUACGAAUAUAAAUCAAAAUAAAAGCAUCUGUCUGGUUCUUCUCUCACUGGUUAUGGAAAUGUGUAAAAAUCCCAGUCAGUUCUACUUCCCAUAGUCGCCCACACACUAAGGUGUCAAACACUUAAGGGGGGAAUGAACUACAAGAUUUGGUUCUAACUAAGCCGCCGCCCACCUGUCACAUGGGCUUUUCUGCUCUGAUGGCAAAACAUGUGUGCAGCUCCUAAUGGGAUCAGAGGUCUCGCAGUCCAUUCCCAACUUGUGUCGUGUUGUGUUGUUCGUGUGUAUAUGUGUACAGCUGAUUGUCUAUUUAAAUCAUUAUUACGACUGGUACUGAUGUAUGUGUAACAUAAUGUACAGACUCCUGAAAACAGUGUUUUUUUUAUUGUUAGUGUCCUAUGGAUGAUUACAUGUGAAUGAAUGAAGAAGGGAAACAAGCAAAUAGAGUAUCUAUAUAUAUCUGUGUGUGAGGGAGAGUGUGUGUGACUGUGUGUGUCCAUGCACAAGCUAUGGCUGAAUUUACACAGCACCCAACAUAAUCAGAUUUGAAACCCUUUGUGGCACGUAAAAACUAAAAGAGAGCCUUUUUUUUUUUGUGUGUUAUGAAGGUACAAAUCUGGAUUGUCACGGUUUCUGUAAAUGCAGCUCAUGGAGCAUGAGUUUUUAAGUUUUGGAUCAUUUGACCAUCGCUGAAUGUGUAUGGAAGACAAUGCGGAUGUGAAAAGUAAUUUUCACUUUGACAAAAAAAAAGAAACUCAAGUGCCUCUAUUUGUGUCCUGGUGGGAAUUGCUCUAUUUAUUUAAGAACAAAGAAUUAAUCUAAAUGAUUUUCCAUACCAUAUUGGUAUAAAUAUGAGAUUGUUUUUCGUAAAAUCAAAUGUUUCCACAAGCUUUUUACUGGCGUUUAUGACGACACCAGGGUUUGGCUUUAAGAAAAAUGUGUGAUUUAACGUGUCAAAUUCGCAUUUGUUGCUGGAGGUUUUUUUCUCAAAGAUUUGAGCAACUAUGGGUUUGUCUGAAAUGCCUGAAAAAUGUAAACCAUUGCAUGCAAUAAACGAUAGCUUCAGACCAAGAACUGCUUGUGUCCAUUUGGAAAAAGGAAAAGAAAUCAGUCAAUGUAUUUCUUGUCGCAUAAUCACAUCAAUGUGAAUGUUCUAGAUCACAUGGAAAUACAGAGCCGCUCUAAAAUGCACAAUGCUAAAGCUAACGGUCUGCUGGAGGGAAUAACAAUCAAGGACAUCAAGUCACUAAACAGGAAAAGUUUGACAUUUCAGGAACUACGUAGAAAAAGUAGGGAAAAGAUUGAUUCCACUCAUGUCUGUUUGCUAGAUGUGAAACCCUAUGCUAGCAGCUAACUGUCUUAGCUUAGCAUGAACACUGGAACAAAGGGGAGAUGGCUAGCUUGGUUUUGUCCAAUGAUAACAAAAUGUACUAACAGUGGCGGCACAUAUAAAGCUCCCUUAUAACUCAUUGUAUCUAGUUCGUUCUAGAACUGGAUGAUAUACGGAUUUGGAAUAAUUAGAACAUUUAUUUUUGUACGAUUUGUUAAAGUCUACAUUUAGAAAAGGUCCUUCUGAACACAUAAAUUGUCCCAAAAGUUAAAAAUGAUUUUUAAAUUUGGGCGACUUUGUGCUUAGCUAGGCUAACUAGCUGCUGAUCCACAUGUAGCUUCAUAUUUAGCAAACAGCCAUGAGUGGUUACUCUCAGCACUAAAUGUGAUAAAACGUAUUUCCCCAAAUGCGAAACUUUUCCUUUAAAAUGGACUCACGGUUCUUCAUCUGAAAGCCUGAAACUCCACUCCCUGUUUUAACUAAAUGCCUUUUAUAAAAUGAUGUGAGGUCAUGAAGCCAAAUUAGCAGUGUCCCAAUAAGCCAAUGAACUUCUACAACAGCCAACAAAUAAAACCCCACAAAGAGCCUAACCUCAGUCGCUGAUCCACAGUGUUGCUCAGUCCGAUUCAAUGAUGUUCGAUGUUGUUUUGUUUUACGGUGAAACAGUGAUGUUGCUAUAUGGUUCUUGUUCAUUUCACACAAGGGUCCUUAUUUUAAUAAAACGCAGCGGUACAAUAUACCUAUACAAUAAUAAGCUGUAAAAUGUCAAAAACAUUGCAUUGAUGACAUCAUGGGCUUCAUCCCACUAUGCUACAUGUCAAAUGAUAAUUGUGGACUUUAUGCAAUGUCAGUAUGUCGCUAUAAUCUGAGACACUCAGCAUGGCCUUUUAUUCUGCUGACAUCUUAUUUAAUAUCUCAUUAGCUCCUGUUACAUUACCACAGUUGUCAAGUUGUUUAUCAGAAGCAGCAGUGACAGAAUCAACGUCGCUGUUGGUGCGAUUACAAUAGAGCGCUGAACAGAAUGAUUUAUUUUUUGACAACAGAUGGGUUCAAGCUGAUAAAACAUUGAUAAUCCCUCCAGUAGUGAUGAGUGUCUCUAAUAUGUGUUUGCAUUUCAGAAAAUCACAGAUACACUUUGAUUGCUUAGGAUCUUGCCAAAACUGCUCCAUAUAGUAACUGAGUAUUUAUAGGGAUAAGGAUUGUUUACUUCUCAAACUCCUGUAAUCUACCCGAGAGCUGCUUUUUUUUAAUUCUAUUUUUCCAUUUGAUACUUCAUAGUCAUGCAACACUCAAGUAUUUAAGAUAUUUUAUUUUAUUUAUUUUUACUUUAUUUCCGAUAGUUGAGAAAGAAAAUCGAUACCACUCUCAUGUCUGUGUGUUAUGUGCAGACCAAAAACCAUGAAGCGAUUAGCUUAGCAUAAAGACUGGAAACGGAAAGCACUAUGUCUAAAGUUAAAUAAAUAUGUGUAAUAUCUCUAAAGCUAAUUAAUCAAUGCCUUAUAUCUAGUUUGUUUAAUUCAUUCACUAAAAAACCACUUUUGAGAAGUCAGAGACUCAGUAAAUUAACUAGUGAGCUUUAGAGGGGCUGGAAGACAGAACAGGCUUGCUGUGUCCUCAGCUUCCACUCUUUAUGCUAAGCUAAGAAAAGCUAACCAGUUGCUAGCUACAACUCAGCUAGGUAUCACCAAUUGGCGUAUAAAUAAAACUUCACAGAAGUCAUAUUGCAUAGCAUUUUAAUCUCACCGUAAUAUUAAAUACUUAAACGUAACUGUUCUGGGGAUCAAAGAAUGUGGUAGGCCUAGUGAGAAAUUGCUGCUGCCUGCUCAUUUACAUAACUUAAGUUACACAACAUGUUUUACCACGCACUACAAACGGAUCACGUAGCUGCAUAGUAAGCGUACAGUCAUGACCGUGGUAUCAAACUUCUCAAAAUAUUCUAAUAUCUAAGUUGCAGCCACGUUUACAUUGUUUUGAUGCUAUUGAUGUGCAUUUACUUUGAAAGCUAUUAUUGUUUCCCUCCUGGGACACAACAGUGUUAUACAGUCAAUAAAAACGGCCCAGGCCCAGGUCAGUGAACUCAACAUCUCUUUGGAGUUUUAUUCAGACUAAUCUUCAGAUGUGCAAAAUGUAGCUGUUUGUAAACCAAGCACUUCCCCACCCUCAGAGGUUGGGGCAUGUAUUUCUCCAAACAAAUGGAAGCCUUAAUCAUAAACCUCUGAUUUAAACCUAACUAAUGUACUUUACUUAUUGAAAGUAUACAACAGAAUCAAAAUUCAUGUGGCAUUUUUUUAUUUUAAAAUGCCACAUUGCAAGUGUUGGGCAUCCCAAUUUUUAAAUGUGUGUGUUUAAAGUCAAACUGUGCAACAUUGUUCACGUUUCUACAGAACAGCACCUGAGAACACAUCCAUCCAACAUGAGUCGCAUUGUAUUUGAAAUGUUUUGCACAACUUCAGCUGUUUUCUUUUUGUUUAAUCAGUGCUAUCUUUUGGCCUUUUAUAUGGUUCUUUUUAUAAUGAAGUUGUUCUAUGUGAUGAUCAGAAGUUGUGAUGCAGUUCCAUUGUUUUUAAAUAUUUAAUGUCUCUAAAAUAUGGAUUAAAAUCUGUUUGAACCAGUG